AUGAAAUCAAUCAAUAAAAGGGAGAAAUCCUUGUCGAAUUUUAUGAGGAGAUGUACCUACACAAGAAGAAGGCCUCGAACAGAAGAUAAUUCACAUUCCAAGUCAUGUAAUGGAGAGGCUUCCGCUGCGACCAUCGCCCCGGACCCUUCAAGUGAACCUGUUAUGCCACUCUUUUUGCGGCUUCCAGAGAACGAAAUUCAACGCAGGUUUGCACACCUUGCCCGCCUUGAGAAUCGGCGGUUAAGAAGCACUCAUGAUAAAUGGGCUCAACCAAGCCCGGACAGCAAUCGCGAUAGAUAUCUAAACAUAAUCCCAUGGGAGAAAAACAGGGUAAAAUUGCAGGUACCAAAGGAUGUAAACGACUACAUCAAUGCAUCUUACGUUGUUGUACCCUUAAAGCUCGAGAAGCCAAACAAAAUUUAUGAAAGGUUUAUAUGCAUGCAGGGCCCGAUGCAAAAAACUGUAGAUCAAGUGUGGCAAAUGGUUUGGCAUGAACUGGGAACGCCUCAUGAAACUUCUCCAGCAGUCAUUGUUAUGCUUUGUCCAACCCAUGCACCUGUACCUGGUCAUCCUUCGAAGCUUACCAAAAAGUGCCACGCCUACUAUCCUCUUGACCAGUAUUCACAAUCAAUUCGUGUAUCUGGCAAGACUAAGCAUGGUACCAAUUUUAACGCCACAAUUGCAUUCAAGUCAAGAGUUCCAACUGUUCAGAAUUCGGAUAUCGAAAUUCGAGAGCUAGAAAUGACAGUCGAUGGCAAGCAAGAGAAAAAACCAAUCUGGCAUUUUUUAUACCACAGCUGGCCUGAUCAUGGGGUUCCUAAAGACUCUGAGAUAGCGAAAAUCCUUGAACUGCUCGAUUUAUCAAGAAGACAGAACGGCAAUGAUGGCAAUCCUCGUAUUAUUCACUGCAGCGCUGGUGUCGGUCGCACUGGAACUUUUAUCGCACUGGAUUUCUUGGUCAGCCAGCUCAGAAGGGGCGAUUGGAUAAAUAUUGAUCAAAAAAACACACAUACUAUCGUUGAUCCAAUAUACGACAUUGUCAAUCACCUUCGGACUCAGAGAAAUCACAUGGUUCAAACUUAUGCGCAAUAUAGAUUCUUAUACAGAAUGAUGAGGAAUCUUUGGGUGAAAUUGUACCAAGUUCCGGACGCGAGAACUGAAACAUGUAUAUUUUCAAACAUUAACUGA